AUGGACGUCUCUCUGGCUGUCAGCGAUUCCGAAUCAGUGUGUGACGCCACGACUCCUGCAGGGAACGCUGAUGAUGGCACAGAGGAUGUUGCAGUGGAGCCUGAGCCGCCUCUUGCGGACCCGACUUUUCAUGCUUCGCUUCGUGAUCUUCAGGACUUGGAAGUUCGUGUGGGCUCUCGAUUGUCACCGGUGGCAGAUGACGUCGCGGGCCUCUUGUUCCAGGUUCAGCGCCUUAGCGAUCAGUUUGUGGUUCUCCGAGCCGCUGUGAUUUCUCGCUUAACCAGCCUGGAAGAUCGCAUGUCCGAGACCGAGCAGGCCAUGGGUGAAGUCGCUCAAGCCGUUACCCGCUUGUCUCUGCAGACUGGCGACGCAUGA